AUGCCACUGUACUCCCUUCAAUCUCAGCCUCGGAAUGCCCUCAUUUCAUUCCAAACGGCUGACUGUAUCAAAGGCGGGCGCCUUUUCUUCCAGCCCACCACCGACCGCGGCGAACCUUUCCACCAGGGACGAAAAGUUGCCUACUUGGAAGACGGGAUAAGCGGCCCGACCGACUUUGACAAGUUCCUUGCAGCAACAGAAUCCCAUGAGGCGAUCUGCCCGCGAGAGUCUCGUUUUCCUUUCGUCGGUGGCUUUCUCGAGCUGAACUACGAGCCGCGGGAGGUGGCGCCGGGCCUGUCGCGCGUCGUGUCCAAUUGCAACUCUCCCCACAAGAGGCUGCGCGUCGUGCAGGGGUGGUAUGACCAGCGGCAUGAUUUCACCGCGAUGGCCGAGGGCGACCUCGUACGCAUGGGCUGUGAGCUGGAGUCGGGCUGCGGCAAGCUGCGACAGUGGCCCGAGGUGCUCGAGCAGUUCCAACCGAAGUACUAG